AUGACAAACAAGAAGUAUAGAAUAGUGUCAGUUGGAGAAACGGGAGUAGGAAAGUCUUCAAUCAUUAAUAAGUACAUAAACAACAUCUUUAUAUCAAACAUAUCCAAUACAAUAGGAAUAGAUAGCUUUACUAAAGAAGUGUUAGUAGAUAAUGAAGUAGUAGAGUUGAGGAUUUGGGAUACAGCAGGUCAAGAAAAAUUCAAUAGCAUAACUAAAAGUUAUUAUAGAGGAUCACAUGGAUUUAUAUUCGUAUUUGAUUUGUCUGAUAGUGAAGGACUAAAUAGAUUAGAAAGAAAAAUAGAGGAGAUUAAAGAAGACACAAAUGUACAGAUUGGAAUUCUAAUAGGAAAUAAAGCUGACUUAGUUAAUGAAGUUGAUGAAAAUGAAAUAAAAAGACUCUCCAACAAACUAAAUAUGAAUUAUUUUAUUUGCAGUGCUAAAGAUGGUUUUAAUGUUAAUAAAGCUUUUGAGUUUUUGAGUAAAGAAAUUCAUUAUAAAUUUAAAAACAGCUCUUUUAAUAAAACAAAGAAAGUGAAUUUAAACAAAAAGAAAAAACGUUAUUUUUUCUGCUAA